CAUCACUUGGGCGAUGGCUUUCUGGCCUGACAAAUAAGGCACCAAAGAGACACGAACCAAAACCAAUCGAAUGCAUUAGGCGGCUGGGACUCCUCUCCUUCGCGUUCUCCUCUCCUCGAGCACAAAAUAUUUUCUGCCCCCACUCUCCCAGGCAUUGUUUCUCACAUUGCCUUAUUAUCAUGGAUAUCCAACACCGAUUUCCUGGUGUGCCCUGGAUUUGGGGAGGAGGCAUCUCCUCCGUCUAUGAGGUCCACCCUCGCGAGCAUUGUAGACAAUGUUCCAAAGCCUGGAGAGUUCGAGAGAGCAAUUUGGAUACACAGAAAAAUCAUGUUCAGGACCAGCAAACUAUGAUCGUUACUAAAGUGGAAAAGUUGGAACCCCUACCUCUACGAAAGGAAUGGCUGAACGACCUUGCGCACGCCGUUGCUUUCCUUGAAUCGCUCAACCUCGCUCAUGGUGACUUACGACCUGAAAAUAUCCAGCUUGGUGGCGACCAACCGAAACUGUCCGAUUUACAUUGUACAGCGGAAAUCGGGACAGAUUUUGAAGCUUGCAUGACCCUGCAUGGAAGAAUACUGAACGGGAACGAGGCAGACCAAGGACAACGUGGAACUUCCGGCGUCCUGGGUCCUCGAACGGAGCAGUUCGCCCUCGGUUCCUUGUACUAUCUGAUAAAUAAGAAAGCCACCAUGCAUCAAUAGCGAGCGAGGGAAAGAAGACGCGCACCCAGAGAAUAUCUCUCGUAGAAACCGGUUCUGGACUUUGGGCAGUAUGUACUCAGAAUUAUCAUACAUACGUCCAAGUUCUCGUCGUA